AUGUGGCGGGUGGUGCCUUGCAUGAGCAGAAAGAAUUUCCGGACUGACUCCUGGAAAGACAUAGAGGAAAUACUCAAGAGUAAGCUAGCAACUAUCAAGGAGGAGCCAGAGACAUGUGAGGAAAGCCUUACACCGCCACCAAGACUAUGGCGCUUGGCGAAGAAGGGACAGAAGAUGGGAUCAAAGGACAUUACAAGGCACUUUCUCAUGCCAAACUUCAGCCUCAAAGACUCUUAUUUGCUAUUCAUGACUGGCUUUGCAUCUAAAAGGACGCUUUGGUAG